AUGGCCCAUCUUUCUGACCGAGAAGUUUUUAAAAAGACAAUUUAUGCAGAAGCUAGAGGCGAAUGUCUUGAAGGACAACAAUGGGUUGCUUGGGUUAUAAAGAACAGAACACGUAUGAGCAGAUCUUAUUGGGGAGGAAAUUCAAUUAAAAAUGUUUGUUUACAAGCUGGUCAGUUCGAAUGUUGGAACGGCAGAUCUGAUAUUGAAAUUCAUGAACCACAAGCAUAUGAAGAAAUCUCUCGAUGGGCAGAUGAGAUUUUUGAUGCAGACAGCAGUCAGGAUCCAACUGGUGGAGCAGAUCAUUAUAAUAAUCCAGACAAAGAAGGUUACCCAUCUUGGACACAAAACUGCGAACGAGUGCGUAAAAUUGGAAAUCAUCAAUUUUACAAAGGUAGAUGA